CUCCAGUCAUUAACAAGUUUAGGCUCAUCAAGGAGCAGAAGGAAAUUGAGAAACAGAUCCAGAAUGAAAAGGACAUCAACAAGAGUCGCUUAGCCAGCGUCAAGAAGGGUACUUGGUCUGUGUAAUCUCUAGGCCAAGCUCUUACAUUUGAAGAGUUCAAAUAAGCAAAGCACGUUGGGAAAGAAUACACUCAGUACGUAGGUUCUUUCAGUCUAAAUUCUUUCUUCGUCUUCUCAUUUCAAGUCCCAACGGGGCCACCCACAUUUUAGUCCAAGCAGCCCAGGCUGAGAACAAGAUCAAGACAUUAGCCAACAAAGCUCAGUACUUGAAUAGAGCUGUUAAGGAUCUUAAAGCCAAAUAAGAAGAAAGUCAUGAGAAAAAUAGGAAAGAAAAUAGCUGACUCCUUUGGCAACAAAAAGGUGAUACAAAAAUUUAAAAGAAAACCUGAACAAAAGCAAGAAACUGAGGAGAAUAAGCUUAACUUGAGGUCCCAAACGUUGCGAACUUCACCAGCGAGUCUCAAAAGCAGUAGCCUAAACCGCAAAAUUACAACAAAAAUGAAGCUAGAAAACACCCAAAAUAUUAUCCAUGAACAUAUUGAAGAAAAUAUAUCUCAAGAGAAAUAGCUUGGGAGAUCUGGAGCUGAAUGAGACUAUCAUCAAGAACAUUGAGGAGGAGAAAUUGGACCAUGAGGUACCACUAGAGGAUUCUCCCAAGAACCCUAUUGAGAAAGCCACACAUCUAAAGGAAUUAUUCUCCAAUCUGAGCAAAUAAACAAAGCAAAGAGAUAGAAGUUAAGGAAGAAAAUUUACUAAUGGAUCUCUAUUUCCAUACUAUCAAUAACAGCCAUAUCUUUGAUAAAACUGAGAGCAAGACCAACUUCAAGAAGGGAGAGCGAACAUUAGUUCAGUCUAUUGUCACUCGGUCAAUGGACUACUCAAAAGGCAUGUUUAGGUACCAAAAUGGAAGGAAAAGUUCUGUCAAAUAAAUAGCCAAUUUUUGUCUUUAAACAGGCCGAAAAUAGUAAAAUCUCGGCCAAAGAAAAUCAAAAUUAUAAAGAAGGCCUACCAGCCUGACAUGGCAGAGAUCAUGGAAUCUCCAACUCUAAACUCAAAAAUCAGCAACAAAUUAAUGAAGAAAAAUCCAAAUAUUUUAAUUUCCAAGAGUCGCUAUCGACUAAGAUCACAAAAUUUGCCAGAAUUUAGCCCAAAGCAGAGAUUCUCAUCAAGAGGCAAUAGUUCUGUAAAGCCGAAUAAUCAUGACCGGAAUGGAUUGCCUCCUAUUCAUCCAAUCAGGAAAGACGAAUCCAAACACUUUCUCUCUAAGAGAUCGAGUAAUGACAGUGUGAGAAUCACUCCGAAAUCUAAUAAAAUAUUCCCUUGGAACCGAAAACCAAGCAACCGAUAUCAAAUAGCCAAGCAGAAAAUGGAGAGGAGCCGAGACUACUGGAUCUCAAAUGUUAAAACCAGACUUAAAAGUCCUGAAGAGAUUCAGAAAGAGUACAAGCUCCUUAGAGAAUCUAGAAGUGCUCCAGCCAAUGAAGAGGAGUUCAGGUUUGUCACACUUGAACAGCUAUCUAUAAGCAAAGGGAAUAGGAUCCAGUUCUUUCGAAGAUAGAUUCAAUAUUAAGGUUUACAAGGG